AUGGAUGCGUCGCGUCGGUCGCGUGGACCCGCGAGCGCACCGCGUCUGGCGCGCUCGGCGUCGAUUCGCACGGGCGAUGAAGACGCGUCGAACGACGAGGACGCGGCGCUCGACGCGCGCGCGCUCGCGGCGGCGGAGGACGAAGACGAUGGAUACCGAUCGUCGCCGAUGAUGAUUACGACGAGAAUUUUGCUCGGGGUGGUGUUGCAGGCGUUGAAGACGGUCGGGACGGCGCUCGCGCUGGGGGUCUCGAUCGUCAACUGCGUCGUCCCGGCGUUCGCGGUGGAGUGGUUGUCCCGGAGGGCGUUCGACGUCGGGUACGUCGCGUACACGUCGAGGGUGGGACGAUGGGCGCACUUGCGAAUGAUUCAGUCGCUUCGGGACGAGCCGGCGCACGCGAAGGCUGGCACGCCUUUGGUCGCGGGGGGGGGGGUCGUGGUGCAGAUACCGUUCAUGAAUGAUAAUUAUUCGUAUCUCGUCGUCGACGCGGACACGAGGGAGGCGUGCGCGAUCGACCCGGCGGAUCCGGAGCGGGCGGUGGACGCGGCGCGGAGGUGCGGCGCCAAACUGACGACGGUGCUGACGACGCACAAGCAUCACGAUCACGCGGGUGGGAACGCUCGAGUGCGGGCGAUGAUGGCGCUGGAGGAGAACGGAUCGGUGGACGUCGAGGUUUACGGACACGCCAUGGAUAAGUGUCACGGGACGACGCGCGAGGUGAAGGAUGGGGACGUCGUGCGCGUCGGCGCGCGUUUGAGAUUUUUAGUGAUUCACGUGCCUUGUCACACGCUCGGGCACGUGGUGUACGCCUUGCUCGGGGACGAACGUGAGGACGGAGCGGAUGGGCCGACGCUCGCGAACGCGAAGGCGAUGUUCACGGGCGACGCUAUAAUCAACGGCGGCGUGGGCGCGUUUUUUCACGGAAACGCAAACGAUUGCUACGAAAAUCUCCACGUCCGUCUCGCUCCGACGCCGGACGAUUGCUUGAUAUUCAGUGGACACGAGUACAUGGAGACCAAUUUACGAUUUGCCAAGGCGAUUGACGUGGACGAUCAAAUCACCGCGAACUGCUUCUUCGCUAUUCGAUUGCAUCGUCAUCAAGACGCGGGCACCAUGCCGUCUUCGCUUCGCGUCGAGCGUAGGCUCAACCCGUACUUUCGUUGUCGAGAUCGCGACUAUCUCAAGACUCUUCUCGCGUCGAAGCGACGUCUGUUGAAUCGAAAGAAGCGACCGUGGUGGCAUCGUUACUGCGGUCCGAACAAACAGGCGCUCGAGGUCCAGCGAGAUCGAAAGGUCGACACGUGCGCGCUCGCCAACAUCAUCGAUGCGAACGGACGAGGAGGCCACGGUGAGGCUUCCCGGGAAGAGGCCGUGGAGGGCAUCCGGUUCCUUCGAGGCCUCAUGGGAGACGUAAUGGAGACGAGCGACGUGCGAUUUGGAGACGACGCGGAAAACAAGGCAUUUCGCGAGUACGUCCAGAUCGCCAGAGCGACGGGAACCACGCACGUCGUUGUGAGCGAACUGGUCUCCGCCGCGUGA